AUGAAAGCGUACAUGUCCCAACCGAUGCUUGCUCGUCAACUCCUCGACGACAACGAGCAAGAGCGACGACGACAGGGACGCCAUCCACGCCAGUCUGGAGAUUCGGGCGAGUCAUCGUCAUCGUCAGCCUCUCCAAUUGACGACCGCGAGCCUUCCGACGAAUUCCCCCUUCCGCGCUCCUCCAUGGAUCCCAAUGAGCCCCCUCACGAUCAUAGACGGCGCUCCCGAACGCUAUCUUUGCAAUCACUAUAUAGAAAGGAGGCGUCGCGAAAAGAAAGUGCGACUGAUGCUCCUCAGAACGCAUCGACUGGGAACGGUAGAACGGACAAGCCCUCUGCCGACACUGACCCUCGAGCCCAAGUUGACCGGCUUCCACCUACACCACCACCAAAGUCGCCUUCCCUCUUCAAACGCAAACGAUCCGGCACAAACCCACAACAGGCAGUCCCAACGGACAGCUCAGUUCCCGUAACGGCUUCAAGCUCUCAAUCGAGUACCAACAGUGGCUUCAAAUCCCUCACCAAAGUCCUCGUACGUCGAGCGUCCAGAUCGCGGAUUAAGACUUUACGACCCGAGGGCGAGUCGGAUGUCCCACCUGUCCCUCCCAUUCCUACGCCGUUCCUUGGGGGCCUCGCAUUCGGGUUCCACGACGUUGACGGCAUCGUCGACGACCACCGCCAGACCCGAGGCUGCGCAGAACCACACGGACGCCGCCCAUACCCAGGCUGUCUCGAUUUCCGCGCAGAGCGUGCAAUCAGUAUCACAAGACGGCGCGCCUUUGGCAUCUACAUCCAUACCUUCAUCUAUAACAACAUCUACAUCCACAUCUACACCUACGGCAUCUACACAGGCUUCGAUAUCUGCACCCAAACCCAAGACCAAGGCAUCGGUUGCAUCGCUCGUAUCAUCUUCGGGGUCGUCGUUCAAAACUGCAGUAUCUACUCUGUCGUCCGGUAG